AUGGAGGGGAACCGGGAUGAGGCCGAGAAGUGCAUCGGGAUCGCGCGGGAGGCGUUGGAGGCCGGCAACCGCGACCGUGCCCUCCGUUUCCUCGGCAAGGCCCAGAAGCUCUACCCGACCGAGACGGCCCGAGUCUUGUUGGAAGCUAUUAUGAAGAAUGGAAGUACUGCUGGGGGAGGCGCUUACUGCCGAAAACAGGCCACUAACAAUGAUCAAAGUAAGCCCAACAGCACGAAGGAGAGCAAUGCAUCUGCUGCAGGUGAAGGUGGAAAAGGCUACACCAACGACCAAAUGGAAGGAGUAUUCAGUAUAAAGAAAUGUCAAGAUUAUUAUGAAGUUCUUGGGGUGUCAAAGGAUGCAGGUGAAGAAGACCUAAAGAAGGCUUACAGAAAACUUGCUUUGAAAUUCCACCCAGACAAAAACCGUGCACCUGGAGCAACAGAGGCUUUUAAAAAAAUUGGAAAUGCAUAUGCUGUGCUGAGCAAUCCAGAAAAACGAAAGCAGUAUGACCUUACAGGCAGUGAAGAGCAAAGCUGCAAUCACCCUAGCAACGGUAGAUUCAACUUCCAUAGAGGCUGUGAGGCAGAUAUUACUCCAGAGGAUCUAUUCAACAUGUUUUUUGGAGGGGCCUUCCCAACAGGUAGUGUACAUUCAUUUUCUAACGGCCGUGCUGGCUACAGUCAUCCUAAUCAGCACCGUCAGAGCGGACAUGAGAGGGAAGAGGAGAGGGGUGAUGGAGGUUUCUCUAUGUUCAUUCAGCUGAUGCCUAUUAUUGUGUUAAUCCUUGUCUCCUUGUUGAGCCAGUUGAUGGUAUCUAACCCUCCUUACGCCUUAUACCCAAGAUCAAGUACAGGGCAGGUCAUACAGAUGCAGACAGAAAACUUGCAUGUCGUUUAUUAUGUCAACAAGGACUUUAGAAAUGAAUAUAAAGGAGCAUCAUUACAGAAAGUGGAGAAGAGUGUGGAAGAGGAUUAUGUGUCCAACAUUCGUAACAACUGUUGGAAAGAGAGGCAACAAAAGACAGACUUACUUUAUGCAGCAAAAGUAUAUCGAGAUGACCGCCUCCGGAAUAAAGCAGACUCCAUGCCCAUGGACAACUGCAAAGAGCUGGAGCGGCUGACCAGCCUCUAUCGAGGAGGGUGAACUACGACCGCACGCCUGCGCCUUUACCUACACCGCUGUCUCUCUUGUACAUUGAGAAGAGAUUGAGUUUCCCCAUGAAUGCUGGAAAAGAGGGGUGGAUGUCAAACUCUACUGUGUAGCUGUUUCCAGAAACCUUAUGCUGAAAUAUCAUUUAAUGGCUUCUUUUACCUACUGUGAAAUAUAGGUAACUUUAAUUGUCUAGAUUUUACUUCCCAGCUUCCGUGAAUUCUUUCAGCAGAGAGAAUAGCUCAGAAAGGAUUGCUAUACUUGUAAAGACUUAGUCAUAGUGGUUCUCCUCUUAACAUAUUUGCCAUGUAAAUA